AUGCCGAACCGAUAUCCCGCAAAAGGAGAAGUAGACCCAGCGCCCCUGGGCGAGCCUCUCCAUCUCGCUUUCUCUGGCCGCACAGCCAAGAACCGUCUGAUCAAGGCAUCAACAUCAGAACACAUGAGCAGCUGGUCUCCGGACGAGCCCUCGAAGCGCGGUACUCCCACCAAGGAGCUGAUUAACCUCUACCGGCACUAUGGCGCCGCGGGAUGGGGUAUCAUCCUGACAGGCGAUGUACUGAUCCAUCCAGAGCACCUCGAGGCCGCGGGCAAUACCAUCAUAACCCCCGGUGCGCCUUUCGAAGGCCCAAGAUUCGACACCUUUGCGAAGCUCGCAACCGAAGCCAAGGCCGGAGGGUCCUUGGUAAUCGCCCAAGUCCUUCAUCCAGGACGCCUCGCGGUGCCUGAACUGCAGGCCGACCCCGUAUCCGCCUCUGACAUCCAGCUCGUGAAGAGCGUCGGGGAGGUGAAGUACAACAAGCCGCACGCAGCCUCGGAGCAGGAGAUCCGGGAAUUGCAGGCGGCGUUUGUCCACAGCGCUGUGUAUCUUGAGCGCGCAGGCUUCGAUGGCAUCGAGAUCAACGCCGCCCACGGCCAUUUGCUCGCCCAGUUCCUCUCAGCGUCGACCAACAGGCGCACCGACCUCUACGGCGGCUCGCCUGCGAACCGCGCGCGCUUCCUGUACGAGGUCAUCGACGGCGUUUGCGCCGCGCGCUCCUCGCCCGCCUUCGUCGUCGCCGUCAAGCUCAACAGCGUCGAAUUCCAGGACCGCGGCAUGACCACGGACGAGGCGGCGCAGCUGGCCCACAUGCUCGAGCAGCAGGGCGUCGACCUCGUCGAGCUGACCGGCGGCACUUAUGAAGACCCCGCGUGGCACCACCGCAGGGACACCACGCGCGUCCGCGAGGCCUUCUUCCUCGAGUUCGCGGCGGGCAUCGCGCCGCGGCUGCGGAAGACGCGCAGCGUGGUCACUGGGGGUCUGCGCUCCGUCGCGGCCAUGGUGGGCGCGCUGGACACGGUCGACGCGGUUGCGCUCGCGCGCCCGGCCUGUGCGGAGCCCCGGUUGCCGCUGGAUAUCCUGGCUGGGCGGGUUAAGGCGUGUUGUCAGGCCGGCGGUGGUGGACGAUCAGGACUAUGCGAUGACGAUGCUCAUGGCCGGCGCGCAGCUGACGCAGAUCGCGCAUGA